AUGAAGAGGUUGCUGGUCAGCUAUCAGAAAAGUGUUCCCCGGGAUGAAUGCGUUUGGAGGAAGGUUCAGGGUGUUGGUUUGGCGGGUACUUACUACGAAAGGCAGACCAUCUAUAAUUACGUCCGUAGUUUGAUGGCGCUACCUUUUCUACCCGCCAACCACAUGCGAGCUGCCUUCGACAAGUUGUGUCUGAUGGCAAACACGGACCCUUUACGGGAACUCGUUUCGUAUGGAUGGCACAGGCGUCGUAAUUCAAGGUGUAUGGUAGCGGGUCUCAGCUUUUAUAUUUUAGUACCAAUUUUAAAGGAAGAGGGAGAAUUGAUAGACAUGCAGUGGAAAAUGGUUGAAGAAGGUGUGGAUUUUAGAAAUUGUAGAAAAAUAUAUUGUAAAAUAAACGCUAAGAUAUUUGAAGCCUGGGGGUAAUACACUGAUUGAUCCAUCACAACGAGUGCCUUUUUAAAACUAGCGGGUAACUUAUAUGGCCAUAAAUAGUUAAUUUACUGAAAUUUAUGUACAAAUGAAUAUAAUUGAUUAUUUAAUGAAAUAGUUUA